AUGGGAGAGAAACAUGGAGGACUUGUGAUGAUAGGGAUUUAUUUAUGUUUUGUCAAUGAAAUAUGCCCAAGAGACGGAGUGGGGGAGAGAUCCCUCUUCCAGAAGGUUGGGAAGAAUGCCGUGAUUUUGACGGCAAAGUUUUCUUUAUAGACCAUAAUACACAUCAAACUAGCUGGAUUGACCCGCGAGACAGAUUCAUAAAACCACAGACAUUUGCUGAUUGUAUUGGUGAUGAACUGCCUUAUGGUUGGGAGGGAUGUCAUGAUCCAGAAAUAGGAGUAUAUUACAUUGAUCAUAUAAAUCAAGUGAACCAGUUAGAAGAUCCGAGGCAGGAAUGGAGAAGUCAACAAGAACAUAUGUUGAAGGAAUACCUUACUACUGCACAGGAUGAUCUUCAGGCCAAAAAAGAAAUUUAUUCUGUGAAAGAAGAGAGGUUAAUACUAGCUCAGGAUGAAUAUCAACACCUGACAGAUACUCUUACAGGAUGGAAAUCAUCCAGGACUAGUCUUACUUCUAACUCAAGUGUAGGUAGUAAAUAUGACCCAGAUCUUCUCAAAGCUGAUGUCCAUCAUGCCAAGAAACGAGUUGCCAGACUCCGAAGGGAGUUGGACCAGAUCAAAGCUGAGAUGCAGUAUAAAGAACAAGGACUGGAAACACUGUCAAAAGUUGAUCAGAAACUGUCUGGAGAGAAUAGUAACUAUAACAUCACACAAGCUGCAGCUAUUGUUGGUGAAAUCAGACAGAUGCAGGCAUCCCUUACAGAAGGAGAACAUGAAAAACAAAAUCUUAUGCAGUCACUUGCCAAGUUGAAAGAAGAAUUUCUGGGUCACAAGAAUGGCGGAUCUUCUCCAGAUGUAUCUACAUUGUCCAUACCACAUAUGUCCAACACCGCUUCACAGACUGACCUCAGAGGGGAGGUCGGGCUGAGAAGUGGUACUUACAUUGCUGAAAUUGCUAGAACAAGGCUGAAGUAUGAUGAGGCUAAAACAAAACUGUCUGAUCUGAAACAUAAACUGGCCAAUGUUGAGGAACAGAUGAUCCCUGGACAGAAUGAAAUGGAUAAAGAUAGAUUAAUGUUAAUCAGUGAGAAGGAACAGCUAUUACGUGAACUGAGGAGUAUUGACAUGAAGGGACGUAGCAAUGCUGACAUAACAUGUGUCCAGAAAAAGAUUCAACAGUUAGAGUUUGACAUAAACCAUGCCGCUGAAAUAUCGAACAAACAAAUUGCUGACAGACUACAGUUACAAGUAGAGAGAACAAGUCUGGUAAAAGACUUAUCAGAUACAACCAGACUGGCAACAACUCUGGAAACACAGCUACGCAGUUUGUAUUCAUCAGUCAGUACAUUAUCUGUUUCCUCGGGAUCCAGUCUGGGAUCUAUGGGAUCAUUAUCCUCACUUAGUCGUAGUUCAUUAAAUUCAAAUAGUAUGAUAGACAUUUAUGGACAACAACAGCAUUCUUCAGAUCUACCUGACCUUCACCGGAGGGUAGAAAAACUUCUCCAAGGUCAUAGUAUUUCACCCAUACAGGAAGUUCAUAUUUCAGACACUACAGCAGCAGCUACGAACAAUUACCUUCAGAGUGUUAUGGCCAGUAAUUUAUCAUCGUCAAUGAAAUCGUUAUCAUCCCGCUCAUCAUUAUCGUCAGUUUCACCACCCAUCUCACCGUAUGAUAUUGGACCUCCACCCUCAUAUGAACAACAUAUGACUGGUGGAGAUCGAACACGUAAGGUACCUUCGUACUCUGUAAAUACAAACAUUGGUGUUAUUGCAGAGGCACCUAGUGGCCUGCAAUUAAAUAUUAUGGCUGAACAAUCAAAAUUAACUGGGGAUCCUGCAUUGUUGCAGGUAAAUCCCACCGCAGAAUUUUCUCCACCAGUUCAAGCAGCAACAGGACAAUCACUCCAGGGUGAACCUGGAUAUCAAAGUGUUGCUAAUAAUAAUGUGAGACGUGCACAAUAUCCGGAUAAUUUAGACUUGGGAUCUAUUCCACCAUUAAGUCCUAUUAGUGAGACCAGUUCUGGUGUAUGUAAUAAUUUAUCCGGUGGAAAUACAAGGAGUGUAUCUGCAGCAGUCAGUGAUGAAUCUGUAGCAGGAGAUAGUGGGGUCUUUGAGGCUUCAGUUAAUAUUACAAAAAGAGAUGAUUUGGAUGAAGUCUUGGAGAUGAAUUUAGAAAGUGCUCAAAUUCAAAUCAAACUCAAAUAUGAAGGUGUUGAGAGUCAGUUAUUAAUAGGUAUUGAACAAGGAAGAAAUUUAUCAGCAUUAGCUUUCCCAUCUGGAGGCAAAGUGUAUAUUAAGGCAGCGUUAUUACCUCAUUUGAAGAAUGCAUCCGUCUGGGAAACAAAACCUCUGGCAGAUUUGAAGGGUCCCAAAUUUUCUGAGACUUUUCAUUUGACAAUACCAGAACAUAAAGUUCGAGACAAGACGCUUCAAGUCAAUGUCUGGAGUAAACAUGAUAUUUUCGGUGAUGAGUGUUUAGGUUGUGUUCAAGUUAGUCUGGCAGACUUUGAUCCCAAGUUGGUUUCUAUGAGAUGGUAUAAUGUGUUGAGCUUUAAAUUUAUGCAAGCAGAUAAUACUGGAAGUAAACCAAAAACAUCACAGCCAUCCUCAACUUCAUCUGGGUCAUCUUCUGCUCCUUCGUCAUUAACACAGAAGGAAGGAGGUGAUAGGGUAGUACAGUUGUUGGAAGCUUCCUCUGCUCGUCUUGAAAAAACUGGAUCUGGAUCAGAAAGUUCCAAAACUAAGAGCCAUCACAAAGGGAAGCAUCCAAUUGUUGCUGUACUCAAAGAGGAAAGUAGUGAUGAAUCAACUAUAAUAUCUUCUCAGACAUCUACACUGACCAGAAAUCAAGGUGCAGAUGAAAUGCAGCGACACAAUGACACUGAAGGAAGUCGAUUUACUAUAGGAGACGAUGAAGAUGAGGAUGAAAUGGAUGAGGAAGAUGAAGCAGAUUACAAUGAGAAAAUUCAGGAGAUUCUUGAAGAGUUUGAUCAUGCUGUUGACAUUGCUUGUAAUGAUGAUUUUAUUGAACAAGAUGAUUCUGCAGUGCGAUGUGACAAGGAGACUAACACGGAAGCAAGGUACUCUGAUCGUCCUCCAAUCAAACGUAGAACACAAGACGGUACACGUAGUAGUACUAUACGGAGAUCACAGACCUUCUCUCCAGCCUGCAGACCAGGGUCUAAUUAUGUAUGCAAGCUUAACAGAAGUGACAGUGACGGGUCUAUGCCGAAUUUCAAAAAGGGAUCCUUUCAUCGGCAUUCCAUGGAGCGCAGAAGUUUAAGAUGGAAGAAGCCACCCAGUAUUGUGGAGAAGGGAAGAAAGUUGCCACCGCGUACAUCAUUGGAUUUAGAACUUGACCUACAGGCGGCUCAGACAAAACUCACCCAUCUCCAUGAUGAAAUAAACAGACUUAAACAACUUAAGACAUUAUUGGAAGAUGCAAAAUCAAAAGGGGAGCCUGAAUUACCACCAUGGUUAGCUGAUGAUGAACAUUUUCAUAAACUCCUGUCUGAUGCUGAUAAAUUGACAUUAAGAAUGAUUAAGACAACACAAGAAAGACAUGUUCAAAAAGAGAAGAGAACAUUAACAAAACAAGAUAGAAGAGCUCAACAUUUGAUGAAGAAGGUUACAAAGGAAGUACAAAUGUUAAAGCGGAAUAGUCCAAACUCAAAUGCUUUAAACUUUAGGGAGAAGAUGGCCUUUUUCACCACACCUAACAUGACUGUGCCUGUAAUACCAAACGAGAGUACAGACAAUGCUGAUGACCCAACCAUAGAGGAAUUUCUCAAUGAUGAUGAUAGAAAAGGGGAGGAAGUGUAAAAGGAAUCAUUAAAAUGUUUUUAUUCUGAAGAAUUAAUGCAUACUUACACAGUGUCUAAAACACACCGAUGAUUCAGCAGAGCAUUUGGGAUAUUGUCAGUGUUUAUAUACACAAUUAAUUGUAACAGUUGUCAAGCUUCUUUGUGAAGCUGAUAGUGUGUCAUUCCACGUUUUGUAGAAUUCCGAGUUGUUAUUCCAAUAGAGAGUUGGUUGUUUUGGUUGUGAACUUGAAAGGGAGAGAGAGAGAUACAAGGUUGUUGAAAACAUUAUGUGGUUACCAGAUUAAGCAUUAUAUUGAAUAUUGAUAUGUAUUUUUUAGAGCAAUAAUGAGUAAUGUGAUAUCAAGUAUUCUUGAAAGAUAUUUAUUUGAAAUCAGUUUAACAUGUUGCAACAUAUAUAUAUGAGAAUUAGAAUUACAGAAAUUUUCAGAGCUAAAUGUUGAUUAGAUUCUUGUGAUUAAUACUAGAUAAAAAAUUAAUUACCAUAUGUAUAUGUUGAGUUAAAAUAAAGCAUAUAGACACUCUUUCAAACCGACAUACCCUCAGAGAAUAGUUUGCAAGUAGUUUAAUAUUAGAAAAUUAUUAUGGCAUUAAUAGAAAAUAUAUAUCAGGUAUCUUCAGGCUCAUUUCACAUUGUAAUGGAUUGAACAUUCGUUAAGAUUCAUUAGAUGAUCUGAUUCAUACUUUUAACACGUGUAUAAUCCUAGAUUAGGAUUCCAUAUAUUUCAUAAAUAAAUUGAUCCUUAAAACUGUUACCCUUCACUUGUACAGGGUAUAUCUGGCUCACAAUAAAUCUUACGACAAAAAUUAUUGUAGGUUUACUGAAUUGUUGAAGCCUUACAAUCAAUUUUAGUUGCAAGUUUUUUUGUGAAAAAUUAUCCUGUACUAGAUCCUAGUUUUGUAGUAAAAAAUUGAUAUUAUGUACCAGUAUUUACAUUUUUUUUUUAUGUCAGUUUAAUGACAUGUUUGUGCCAAAUUUUGAAGAAAAAAAAUGUUUCACUGUACAGUAGCCUAGUAUGAGAACUGAGCUUCUGCUAGUAUCAUUUUAGUUAUUACAGAAAAGUAAGCGGUUGUGAGAGCUUGUUGUAAGAAUCAGUUUGCCUUUUUAAGCUUGUAUUUAAAUCAAUCAAUAAAUAUCACAGACUUUCAUUAUAUGACCUUGAGGGGAUAUGAAAUAAUGAUUUCUCACAAUGAAAGUAUCUUGCUUGAACAUCGAAUUUUUCAGUCACAUAUAAGAACCUUGAAAAGUCCCUUUCAUAUACAAAUUCUUAUAGAUUAUUAAAAUAUCUAUAUCUUGACAAGGCUACGCAUAAAAAACUGGUAUCAUUUUGCUCUGUUUUACAUAAAGAUAAGGUAGCGGAGUUGGAUAAUUAACGGGGUUUUGUAUAUAGAAUCAGUCAAUAUUUUUCUGACGUAAAACAGAUGCCUUUUGAAAUUUGAUCUUUUAAAGAUCACUUCCCUUUUAUAUACACCCUUUAUAUUUGUACAUAUGAUUUGUGUUAGUUAAAUCAAAAAAGUUUUUUAGAUAUUUUAUAUGUGAUAUUUUGUUCUGCUGGUCAGUCAAAUUUUUUACUCUUUCCAUGAUUAUUAUUUUUUCCUUAAUCAUGAAUAUAUGGGGUGCUAAAAUAUUGAUGUAAUCAGUACACUGGCAAAAUUUGUGAAAAAUGAGAUUUUAUAGUUUUCAAUAAUCUAUAUUUUAAAAACAAUUUUUGACUAAAUAUUUACAUUGUCAAUUGAUCGAUAUAAUGUAAUGAAUGUGAAGUUUUGUUCAGCUGCUUCUGAAAGAAGCAUGUAUAUGACCAAUAUAUAGUUGAUUUAGAAAAAAAAAAAACACUUUUGCCACUGUGUUGAAUGCCUCAAUGGAUUUUCUUACUUAAACAUAUGUGUAAAGAAUUACUUGUUAUAAACAUAUGUGUAAAGAAUUAAUUUGGUAUGUAAAGCUGUAUAUUGUAAGCAGCUAUGUCAUGAAGCUUUUGCUACCAUUGCCCUUAAAUCAAGGCUAAUUUGUAAAUAUUGAGCAAGCUUUUUUAUGAAGCUAAAUGCUUUGUUCUGGUUAUCCUAACUGUAAAUAUUGAGCAAGCUUUUUUAUGAAGCUAGAUGUUCUGGUUAUCCUAACUAUAUUUGACUACCUGUAAAUAUUAUGCUAGUUUUGUUAUGAAGCUAGAUGCUUAUAAUAGCAUUACUGUUUAAUUAACUUAAAACUAGCAUUGAAAAUGUUAUAAAGUUGGUUCUAGAAUUGUAAAGUUUAUAAAGUUGGUUCUAAAAUUAUAAAGUUUAUAAAGUUUGAACUUAAUUGUAAAGUUUAUCAGGUUUUUCAAGGAAAAUUUUGUUUGAUUAUUUAUACUUUGAUGAACAAUAUUUCAAUUUAGACUUGUGUACAAAAUAUUUAUAAUUAUUGUCUUUUUUGUCAAUUUAAAAUGUUGAUUUUUGGAUAUGAUACAGUAAAGUAUAAUAAUUUCCCAGUUUGACUUCCAUGUACACUAUGUUUUAAAAUUGUUAUUCACGCUAUCAAUAUUUUUGAGUUUUACAAGGGAAGGGGAGACGUGUUUAUUUAUUGUCAGAACAGUUAUAAAGUCUGUCAAACAUUUGUAAAUAUAGUAUUACCUUACUCAAUGUUUAGUUUAAGGCAAAAUUAGUUAAUAUUUGUCUGUAGUGUAUUAUGCAAACAUUGUAAGUAGAAUAUUUUUAUAUCAUUCAGAAUGUGAUGGAAUAUUAUAUGCAAUGUACUAUGUACAAUAUAUAAAGUAACAUUUAUCAUUUAUACAUAACAUUAAUUUUUGUCAAACUUCAUAUUUAUUCGUUGUUUAUUUGUUCAUUUUAUAUAUUCUAUGUAUACCAUAUAUUCAUUUACUCAUAUAAUUACCUUGAUAUUGAAAGUUGAGCUGAUUUAAAAAAAAAAAGUCUUUGAAAAGUUGGUUGACCUGACACAUUAUGGCUAAAUCUAUUAAGAUAUAUAUAGAAAAUAGUUGGGGGAGUUAAAUUUUGUGGUGUUUAGUGUCUUUAUUUCAGUGACUUUAUCCUGAGGCAUUCAUAACAUAUUAAAAAGCAAGGAGAAGACCUAGAAUGUUCGUAAUUACUCAAAUGUGACCACAUAUUUCAGACAUUCUACUGAGAUAUACUUAUUAUAUUUUUGCUGAUGUUUGCCGAGGAAAUUUGAAGUUUUAUAAAGUUGAGUUUUAUAUUUUGUACUUGCAUUCUAUGAGUAAGCUUUUGUGUGGUUGAUUGUAGUAAAAUGGCUUAAUAUACAGUUCUUUUUUUAGCUUUUAUAUGGUCUAUUGUUCUAUAAAUGGCUGAACAUCCUGUUCAUUUUUAGCUUUGAUGGGGUCUAUUGUUCCAUAAAUGGCUGAACAUCCUGUUCAUUUUUAGCUUUCAAAUGGUGUAUUGUGAAACAAAUGGCCUAAUUUGACCUAAAUUUUGUUUGAGCAAAUUUUAUUUCAACAUGAAUUUGUUUUUAUAAGCUCCUGUUACAGUCUGUGUUGAAGACCCAUUGGUAGCCUUGGGCUGUUACCUGCUCUUUGGUCGGGUUGUGGUCUCUUUGACACAUUCCCCAUUUCCAUUCUCAAUUUUAUGAAUAAAGUUGUUCAAAUAUUUACUAUUUGUAAGCUUUUAUAUUAUUCAUCAGUUAAAUGGUUUGAAUUGUUUUAAUUGCAAGUUUAUUCCAAUCAACUUUGCAUUAUAUACUUCCUUACAUAAUGGAAUACUUAUAAAUAGUAUGUAAAAGGAUGAUGCCCUGGAUAAAGCAACUUUGGAAAUAUAGUGUUGCCAUAGAUACAAACAAUUGUUCAGAAGUUUCAUUUUAAUUCUGAACAAGCUAUAUUUUCACCUUUUUCAAUGAUUUUUUGACCAGAAAAAUGAUUGUUUAUAAUUUGUUAUUCAUAUUUGAGACCUACAAGGAAUUGUAAAAGCUCAUUGUCAAUUUCUGUGUUAAGCACUUGUUCACUUCUGAUGUGUAAAUAAAUGUUAACCAGGGGAGAUAAAUCAGUUCAACAGAAAUGUCAUGGUUUUUGUUGAGUAACAUUACUGUUGUUUUGUUGUUAGUUGUGUGCCAGAAUGUGAUAUUAUUAGUAAUGAGGUUUAUGGAUUCAGUUGUCCAAAGCAAGCUUUGUUAAUUAACCCUUGAAAAAGAAAUUACAGCUCUUCUAUAAAAGCAUGCAAAGCAAACCUUUGAUCAACUUGCUUGCUAUGUUUGCUUGGAUGUUUGCAAACAAUAGGUAGGCGGAGUUUCAGUCUGUUUUGUAUAUACUAGAAUUGACAUGCAAUGAAGUUAUGUUUAUUGUCCAAUCAAAUUCCAGUAUAUAGUAAGCAGACUGAAACAGACUACCUACCUUUUGUUUACAAACAUCCAAACAAACAUAGCAAGCAAGUUGAUCAAAAGUUUGCUUUGCAUGCUUUUAUAGAAGAGCUGUAAAAACAAAUCUUUUUAAAAGAUUUAAAGUUUUAUAGAGAAUAAUUUUUUUAAACUUGAAUGUAAAAAUUUUUAUAUUGAGAUUUUAUGAGUAUUUUUAAUAUUUUUUGGAAAACAGUUAAAAAAAAAACCCAAUUUGUUAAUAUAUUAUAAAGGGAAACAAACUUAAGGGGAAAAACUCUGUAUAAGAUACUCAGGACAACAGUUUGUCAUCAAAUGUCAUAUUUAUAUUUUGCAUAAAUAAAGCAAAAUAUUUUUA